AAAAAAAUCAAUUGUCAUUUGUCAUAGUCAAAAAAAUGUCAUGAAAUUGUAGAAACUAGAAACAGGUCAAAAGAGCUAGUUUAUUUUUAUUUACUUUAAAAUUUACGUACUGAACUGACAAAACCAUCGAUCGGCUAUCGCAAUCCGGGACGAGAUACAAGGAGUGACCUAUUACAAAAAUAGCAAAAUGCCUCUCCACUGACGAAAUACAUUUUUCAAUGAUGGGUCGAAGUAAAAUUCGAGACAUAUCUCAUGAAAUAAAGAGAAUUGUGAGCUGGACAUUUAUAAAGAAUUUGUUGUCAAAUCCAUCACAGUUACCUUUAGUUGCAAUUUUAAUCGUGAUAGCUGAAGUAAUAAUAAAUAUAUGUGUUGUGGAAAAUGUGCCCUACACAGAGAUCGAUUGGAAGGCAUACAUGCAACAGAGCGAAGGAUUUCUUAAUGGAACUUGGGAUUACAGCAAGUUACGUGGUGAUACAGGACCUCUAGUUUAUCCUGCAGGUUUCGUUUAUAUUUAUUCAAUAUUUUAUUUUUUAACAGAUUAUGGGCGAAAUAUUCGAUUAGCACAGUAUAUUUUUGUUGGAGUUUACUUGUUAUUGUUGAUAUUUGUGUUAAGAAUUUAUAUAAAAACAAGAAAAGUUCCUCCCUAUGCACUUAUUAUUACAAUUUUAACAUCAUACAGAAUACAUUCAAUUCAUGUGUUACGAAUGUUCAAUGAUCCGAUUGCUGUAUUGUUGUUGUAUGCUUCACUCAACUGCUUCUUAGAUUCUAAGUGGUAUUUAGGCAGCCUUGUUUACAGCUUAGCAGUAUCAGUUAAAAUGAACAUACUUUUGUUUGCUCCGGCUUUAUUUUUCUUUUACUUAAUAAAUUUAGGCUUAAGUGGAACUAUAAAACAACUUUCAGUUUGUGCUGGAACUCAAUUAGUUUUGGGGCUACCAUUUUUAUUGAACAAUCCCAUAGCAUAUAUAAAAGGCAGCUUUGAUUUAGGUCGAGUUUUCAAUCACACCUGGACUGUAAAUUAUAGAUUUUUAGAGGUCAAAGUAUUUGAGCAUGUCAUGUUUCAUGGAAUGUUACUUGCAAUUCAUAUUUUGUUAUUGAUGCUAUGUUUGCCAAUGUGUAUACAAUAUUUUAAAAGUUAUUGUAGAUUGAGAUAUGUUCAAAAGCAAGUUCAACCACAGAUUGAUGCUGAGAAUAUGAAAUAUAAGAAAAGUUCCAAGCUGGGAAAAGAUAUCAAAGCUAAACAGGAAGGAGAAAAACUUUCACAAGACCAAGAAAAUUUUCUGAAGUCUUUUGAAAACAUGCUUAAAAAAUCAUCCCAAAAGCAAUUGACUAAAGAAAAGAAAGAUAAACUUGAAACAGAAGAACCAAACUACAGUAUAAAUUAUGAUAUUUUGUCUCAGUUGUUUAUUCUUCCCAUGUUUUUAGUAAAUUUUAUUGGUAUUGUCUGUGCUAGAAGUCUACAUUAUCAGUUUUAUUCAUGGUAUUUUCAUACUCUUCCAUACUUGCUCUGGUCUACUAAUUAUAGUAAUGUAGUGAGAUUCUUACUACUUGCAUUAAUUGAGUUCUGUUGGAAUACUUAUCCAAGCACAACCAUGUCAAGUAUCUUACUUCAUGUAUGUCAUGUAAGUAUCUUAAGUGGUGUGUACCGUAAGUUAUCGAGAGAAUUAAGUUUUGUAGCCAAAAAUAAUAAAUAAACCAUUACAAUGGGA